GGGGAAACUACCUUUUUUUUUAUUCUUUUUCUUAACGUGUUUUUCAGAUGUAUAAUUUACAGCAAAGAGCCAAUAACUUGUUUUCACUAGCUUUAUCAGUUCUCGGAACAGUUUUAGCUGUUGUUGCGAUUAUUUCAGCUAUUACAGGUUAUGGCACUAUUGAAGAUGAACUUAGAGUAGACUCAAAGAACAUUAGAGUUGUCACCCGUAGAUAUGGACCUGAAAACACAGAUUAUCGUAAUAGUAAAAGUGAAUUUGCUCGAUUCCAGUUCGAUGUUGAUGCAGAUUUUACACCCUUAUUCAACUGGAAUACUAAACAAAUAUUUGUAACUGUUGUUGCUGAAUAUGAAACAAAGAAUUUUAAACGAAAUCAAGUUGUUAUUUGGGAUAAGAUUAUUACAAGUAAAGAUAAAGCACAUGUCAAAUUGCGAAAUAUACGUAACAAGUAUGCAAUGAUUGACAUUAGUCAAAAAUGGAACUUUGAACGUGCCAAUUUGACACUUUUAUGGGAUGUUACACCCUAUGUUGGUAUUCUUCAAAGUGGUCAUUCAAACAAAGGAUCACAAUUUAUUUUACCUGCAUUUGCCUCACAAAUGAAAUAAAACGAUAUUUUAUAUAAGCCAUGCAUCAU